UCGAACAUUGUUAGAGGCAUGACAUAAUAAACAUAAUUUGUUACUGGUAGUUUUCUUAGAACUAUUUACAAUUUCAUUACAAUCUCUACUUGAACAUUUAACAUGAUUUUGUAUCUAUUUUGCUCACACUGGGUCUAUGGUUGUUCAACAGACCACAUACCUUUUUGAACGUUUUUUUAACCAAAUUAUCAUAGUUUCUCUCAAUUUGUUACUACACUUUUAUUGUUUACAUAAAAAUAAUUUAUUUUUUACUGAACUACAGCGGAAAAUCAGUGUUUACAGGAAUGGCACCAAAAAAGAAAACGUACAAUGCAUUCUCAGUAUUUAUGAUGGAAACUCAACAGAGGUUAGCGAAGACAGGCAAAAAAAUGAGUAUGGCUGACAUGCCAAAUUAUUGUAAAAAAGAAUGGGAAGAGAUGUCUGAUGACAUGAAAGAUAAAUAUAAAACUAUGAGUAAAAAUAUGAAAAAUGGAUCAAAAAUUGAAAAAUACACAACUCUUGGAGAAAAAGUUAAAGAUGUUCAAAAACAAUCAGAAGAGAGUAAAUUACAAACAGAAGCUAUGUAUUGUUAUAUUGAAGAGUUGGUCCGUUUACAUCAUGACAAAUUAUAUCUGCCUAAACAAACAUUCAUUUUGAUUCAUGUAAACCCUUAUUCAUCAGAGAAAGAAGGCUUUUAUUUCCCUGCUGAAUUAACUAUGGCAGAAUUUUCUUUAGAAAAAGGAUUAAUUCGUAGGUUUCAUCACUUAAUUGGAUUUGAUGCAACUAAGGCAAAAGCUCCAAUCGCUUGUGCAGCAGAUAUUAAUUCUCAUGCAAAAAACAAUCAUUUAAUUGACAUAUACUCUAAACUAACUACUAAUUACACCGGUUUAUUAUUAAAAAUUAUAGGUUUCAUAAUUAACAAAGACGUCAAUGAGGAUAUAUUAAAUGAUCAAACUUUAGAUAUGCCUCCAAUAUUUACUGCACAUACUUCUAUUGGAAAUGAAUUAAUGAUAACAACUUCAAGUUUAUAUCAGCUGUACCAAAGUGCUGUGAAGUAUCCAGAAAGAGAUGAUUUCAAUAACCUUAUUAAAGUUUAUCAUUUGGAUAAAUUAUUCAUGGAACUAAAAAAUGUAUCUUAUAAUUUUAAAAAUCCUAACGAUGAUGACAAAGCAAUACCUUCCGUUGCAAUAGCAACUGAUAAUUUGACAAAAGAUAUGUUUAAUAUAAUCAAAUCAAUUGGUUGUACAUUUCAUGAAAAACUUGAAUAUGCUCAUGUUUGCAGUAAUUUCUUUGUGUGUAAAUGGAUUUAUAUUCUUUCUACUCAUUGCUGUCAUUAUUUUAAUAUCGAACUAGUUGCAGGUAGUCAUUUUAAUUUUGAUUUACCUAAAGCAGAAAUUCAAAUUUCAGACGAUUUUGAUCAACUUAAUAUUAGUAAUAAUUAUUUGUUCAUGAAUGAGUCAAUGAAUAAUUCGCAAGAUAUCACUGCUAAUAGUUUCCCAUCUCUUGAUAGUAAAUCAUCAGAAGUUAUGCACCAACCUGUUUGGAAUAGACCAGUUGAACAAAAAUUAACUGCACAUAAUAAAACAAUUUCAAGUAAAGAUGACAAAGACAGUUUUCCUCCAUUGAGCUGUUCUCAAAGAGACAUUCCAGAAAACACUCCUACUAUUGGUAAAAGCAGCUGGUAUAAAAAUGCAGGUCGUGGUAGAGGUAUAAUAAAUACAUGUCAAAAAAGUAAUGUACCUCAACCAGAUGAAACUUCAAGGAAUACCAACCUGGGAAGAGGAUCUAAUGUUAGUAGAAAAAAAUGAUGAAAAUGUGAAAUGAAUUAAAAGUUAAAUUAUCUUUUAAUAACUUAGAUAAAAAUAUUUAAU